CCAUGCUUUCUCUGCAUUGUGCUUCUUCAAGCUGUACAUCUCGACGUAAGAAGGCAAUCUCACAUUCUGUCCUGCUCGCCGUAGCCAGCUGCGUUGGGUUGUUCCCUCUACGGUAGCAUGCCGGCGCACAAUGAUGGUGUCACUUGAGCGGCGGAACCUGCCACGACCAUGCCUCCGACAUCCACGUCCAACAUCCGCGCAUACGUACAAUGGAGAGCGCCGUCAGUGUAUGCAGGCGAAGAGAUAGAAUGCAUCAUCACCUUCCGGAAUGUAGCAAGCCUUGAAGACGAGGCAGAGGAGGAUGUCAGGACACCGCUUGCCAAUGGCUCGGCGCAUUCGAGAGCGCCUUCGUACACGGCUUCCACGCUGCCUAGUAGACGCACAUCGAUUGCGCAAAGCAGACCACCGAUCUCAAGAGGAGCUUCUACGAUACCACCUAGAGCGGUAACAGGGGGUAAGGGUCACCGACCAACACUAUCUCUGAAUGUUGUCAGCGCUCCCGGGAGAGGAGGGCAACGUAGCGCACCAUUACCGAGCAGGACUCCGGCAAGCGCGGUCAGAGGCCAUGGACGCUCGCUAUCGAUUAUGUCACUUGCGACCGACGUAGCAGCCGGAGCCAAGGUGCCUAGUCCAAGCGUUCCACGUGCUCGACCUGCCAAAGGCCAUGGACGGAGCGCAAGUCUUCAGGUUAUCCCUCGGCAGCCACCCUCACCCGCCAAUGCCACCCUGGGACUCGGUAUAGGGACACCUAGGCAGCCGUCUCCAUUGUACGAAUCUACUACACCGACUGCCCUCCAAGGUGCACAGGGCGAACCUUUGCCCAUAAGACCUUCGAGAAGGCGACCCGGUACUGUCUCUGCAGGUAAUACUCCACAGCUGGGUCGGCAAGAAGCACUCCGAAGUACUGUCCCGGAGGGUCACUUCGACGCAAACUUUCAGUUCCCCGCCAAGACAUUGCCAGGCGUUAAGAGCCCGUCGCCGCAAUCAGAACGACCAAAGCCAGUGAGGAACCCUUCGAAUUUGCGUUCAACUCAGCAACGGGCUAUCUCACCACGACCCCUGGAACAUUUGCAGGCUGUGUCGAACAAUCUUAACCCUAUUUCGCGCGUGAUGUCCGAGUCUUCCUUUGGCGAUACACCGCGCAGCAGCGCCGAAUUCUACAGCAUGAGUAACCACAGCGACGAAACCCUGACUUCGGAAGCGCCGCAGCAUGACGUCCCGAUCGGCAGACUGCUACCGAAGCCAGGGCUCUCACGGCAAGCGUCGCGCUUACGGCAAAGUAGUUAUGGCGAGCAUGUACGGCCUGAGACGCUGAUGAUGGCUUCGGUGCAGACUGUGGGUAGUUUCACAUUGGAUGGGAGCCUGGUCAACGCGGCACCGUUCGAGGAAGUCAAACGUAAAGGCGUGCAGAGUGGAGGUGGUGUGGUCGGCAUUGAGCGCUCGAAGCGCAGUUCAGGAAUGUUUGGUGCAUUUAGCUGGGGCAACAUUGGGGAGUCCUUAAGUGGCCUGCUGGGUGGCGAUGAGAUGAGUACCAUGGCGCAAAUGAAAGCGGAGGCUGGGUCCAAAAGCGUGCCAUUACUCUCGACGCCGCAGAGCUUGCUAUUCGUCAACGUGACGCUGGCGCCAGGUGAGAGUCGAAGCUACAGCUACCGCUUCGCAUUACCACGAGGACUUCCGCCCAGUCACCGAGGUCGCGCAAUGAAGGUCAACUACCAUCUUUCCAUUGGCGUCCAGCGCCCAGACGGCCAAACGGUCAAGCAUGUUGAAGUACCUUUUCGGGUACUUGGCAGCUACAACACACGUGGCGAAACGCUAGGUCAUGAUCUCAUGUCGCCGUAUAUACUGUUGCAAGACCCAGCACGCACGACAAGCAUUACACCGGACCCGAAUCUGUCGCCUUCAGACUUUCCGCCUUUUCCAGACAAGGAGGCUCAAAAGCAAGUCAUAACGCCAAAGCAAGGCUUAGAAGACUUCCUACGUUACACGGAAAGGCUACUGGCGCAGCGGAAAGACUCAAACGGCGCACUGCUGUCGCCAACGUCUCCCUUAGCGUCUCCUUCAUUAUCGCGCCAGCAAAGUCCUGCCGACCAGGCGCCAGUAAGCGUGAAGGAAGCUAUUGACAUGGCCAUCCUGCGUUCAAACCACGUCAACACACCCGAAGGUAAGCAGAAGCAGCCCGAGGCGCAAAGCGCGAACCGCUUCAACAUCGCUCGCUCCGGCCAGCCGGUCGCCGUCCUGACAAUCCUCCGCCCUGCGUACCGACUUGGCGAAGCCGUCCUCGGAACCAUCGACUUCGCGAUCCCGACACCAUCAGCUGCGAAUGCACCAUCAUCAAUAUCCACUUAUGCGGUCCGUAUCGAGCUCGAAAGCGCCGAACGGGUGGAUUCGAGCCUUGCACUUCGUAGCCCCAGCUCCAUCCACCGCGUCACACGCAGAGUACAUGCAUCCGUAUACGAGAACACGCUAUUUGCAAGACAGGCCAGCUUCAAUCUCACUGUCCCCCUGACAGCCACGCCAACGUUCGAAACGACGGGUGUGAGUCUGGGGUGGCGGCUAAGAAUCGAGUUCGUAGCACAACGGCAACAGCAGCGCAGCCCCCAGCAACCGUCCGAGAGCGGCGAACGGAUACUUCGUGACGAGCAGCUCUUGGAAGAACUAGGAUCGGACGAAAGAGGGACGGUGUUGAUUGCACGGGAAACAGUGGCAGCUGAGACGUUCGAGAUUGCUGUCCCGCUGAUAGUGUUCGGCUCACCAGGGGUGGAAGGGCCGGGGGCAGUGAGCGACGCGCUAGAGGUGUAACUGAAGCGUCCAGCAGAAUAAUCUAUAGUCUACAUCAAGUGGAACCUCAUAUAUUGAUGCUGAACAUCCAAUCGUCGGCUCGACGCACCCAGCGUUAUCGUUACAUAAUUGACCGGAAGGCUAUUAAGUCACGUGAAACCGCGAGUACUUCAGUCGUUGACAAUCUUACAUUUGUAUCUAUUCUGACAACUAGCUAGAGUUUGCUGUAUCUCUGGACAACGUAC